CGUCGCUUCCGAGUCUUUCUUUUCCCCCGGUGCGAUCUCAGUACGGUCGCACAUGUCCAUCUGCCGCACAACAUCUAGAAUGCCGUCUAAGACCCUGCCUGCAGCCGAGCCGAGCGCCCUGAUGGAGGAGGUGGAGAGCGGCCCGCCGCUGCUGAAGAAAAAGAAAAAGAAAACGAAAGAGCAAAAGGAGACGGCCGAGGCAGAGUGUGAUUCACCGGCUCCUAAGAAGAAGAAGGCUGAGAAGAUGCCCACCGAGAGCACAGACAUGAACGGAAACACGGACACAAGCCAGGUCAAGCUGAAAAAGAAGAAAAAGGCAAAGGUGGAGGAGGUGAUGGUUAACGGAGAGACUGCUCAAACAGUGGACACAGCUGGACCGUCCAGCGAGGACUCGGACAGCGACCGCGAGAAAGAAACUCCGGAGCAGAAAGAAGGAGCCUUCUCUAACUUCAGGAUCUCCCCGAACACCAUCAAACUGCUGCAGGCCCGUGGUGUUUCAUAUCUCUUUGACAUCCAAGUGAAGACCUUUAACUCUGUGUAUGAUGGGAAGGAUGUCAUCGGUCAGGCGAGGACCGGCACGGGGAAGACCUUCUCGUUCGCUGUUCCUCUGGUGGAGAAGCUGCAGUCCGGAGCGGAGGACAAGAGAAGAGGCCGGGCCCCGAAGGUGCUGGUUCUGACACCGACUCGUGAGCUGGCCAUCCAGGUGGCCAAAGACUUCAAAGACGUCACCAGGAAGCUGUCUGUCACCUGUUUCUACGGAGGAAGUUCAUACAACCCACAGAUGGAAGCGAUCCGCAAUGGCAUCGACGUACUGGUGGGAACGCCGGGUCGCAUCCGAGACCAUCUGCAGAAUAACAAGCUGGAUCUGUCUCAGCUGAAGCACGUGGUGCUGGACGAGGUGGACCAGAUGCUGGACAUGGGCUUCGCUGAGCAGGUGGAGGAGAUCCUGUCUGCGUCCUACAAGAAAGAUGCAGAGGAGAAGCCGCAGACGCUGCUGUUCUCAGCGACAUGUCCCUCCUGGGUUUACGACGUGGCCAAGAAAUACAUGCGCUCUCAGUUCAUCCAUGUGGAUCUCAUCGGGAAGAAGACCCAGAAAGCUGCCACCACAGUGGAGCACCUGGCCAUCGCGUGUCACUGGUCUCAGCGGGCGUCCGUCAUCGGGGAUGUCGUCCAGGUGUACAGCGGCAGCCACGGCCGGACCAUCGUCUUCUGCGAGACCAAGAGAGAGGCCACAGAGCUCUCCAUGAACACCUCCAUCAAACAGAGUGCGCAGUCGCUGCACGGAGACAUUCCUCAGAAACAGAGAGAGAUCACGCUCAAGGGCUUCAGGAACGGCACGUUCGAGGUGUUGGUGGCCACUAACGUGGCAGCGCGUGGCCUGGACAUCCCCGAGGUGGACCUGGUCAUUCAGUGCUCUCCUCCAAACGAUGUGGAAUCAUAUAUCCACCGGUCUGGACGUACUGGCAGAGCCGGAAGAACAGGCAUCUGCAUCUGUUUUUACCAGCGGAAGGAGGAGAGCCAGCUCAAGUUUGUGGAGCAGAAAGCGGGAAUCACCUUCAAACGGGUCGGAGUCCCAACAGCCAGCGACAUCAUCCAGUCCUCCAGUAAAGACGCCAUGAGGUUCCUGGACUCGGUCCCGGCCGUGGCGGUGGGGUAUUUCCGCGAGGCGGCGCGUGAACUGAUCGAGCAGCGCGGGGCGGAGGAGGCGCUGGCGGCGGCCCUCGCUCACAUAUCAGGAGCCACCAGCCUGGAGAACAGAUCCCUCAUCAGCUCCGACGCUGGGUUCACCACCAUCAUACUGAACUGCUCUCAGGAAAUGCACAACAUCGGUUACGCCUGGCGCGGGCUGAAGGAGCAGCUCGGCGAGGGAAUCGAUGAGCACAUCAAACGCAUGACCUUCCUCAAGGGCAAGAUGGGUGUGUGCUUCGACGUCCCGGCCAACAAAGUGAAAGAGAUGCAGGACAAGUGGCAGGACAGCCGGCGCUGGCAGCUGAGCGUGGCCACAGAGCUCCCCGAGAUGCAGGAGAGCAUGCGGCAGAGCAACGAGCGAUCCUCCGGAGGCUUCGGCGGACGAGGACGCCGCUCCUUUGGCUUCAGAGGAAACAACAGCUCCGGCGGCAGAAGAGGACGAGGAGGAGGAGGCGCUCAGAAACGCAGCUUCAGCCAGGCCUUCAAUUACUGAUCUGGACUCUGGGUCGUGUUUUUACUGCCAUUUUGCUCUUUACUGGAGCCAUCAAAUACGCUGAUUGCUGUAACUUGCAGUUACGCUAUUUAUACAUUCUGUCCCACUGAUAUUAAAGUGGUGUUUAAACUACAGCACCGCUGUGUUUCAUUGCUUGUAAAACUCUCUUGCUCUUCCGAUGUGGAAGUGCUGGAAUGACAUGAUCUUGAAAGAAAUCACAUUGUGGUAAUAUGAUUAAAAUCUCCCGACUUUCUUACGGUCUCUGAAAAGAGAGAA